GGUCACAGUGAUAUUUAGAUUUGACCACAGAACCUGUUAACUGUUGCUGCCACUGCUUCCGUGACGACAGAUCAGAUUGUUCCUCAACUCAAGUACAGACCCACAACAGAAAAGGACACACAGAGAAAAGAGAGAAAGAGAGUGAAAAAUGCCCUCAUUUCAAAAGCUCCUAAUCACCCCUAAUCUCUGACAUGACGGAGGAAGUGUUGGUGCACAUCAUGCCAUGGACACCCAAGUCCAGAUUCUGAAGGGCAUAUUGGCUCAAAUUGCCAGCAAGGAAGCAGAAGGAGAGGGGCCAGAGAAUGGCUUUGCUGGAGAGUUUCUGAAACUGAAGAGGCAGUCUACCAAGUAUCGUGCAGAGAAAACCUACCCCACCACAGCUGCGGAUAAACAAGAUAAUGUGAAGAAGAACAGAUACAAGGACAUUGUGCCUUUUGAUCACAGCAGAGUGAAGCUCACCCUCAUUACAUCCAAACAUGACACAGACUACAUCAAUGCUAGUUUCAUUAAGGGGGUAUUGGGCACUAAGGCAUACAUUGCCACACAGGGCCCGCUGCCAAAUACUGUACUUGACUUGUGGAGGAUGCUGUGGGAAUACAACGUGCAGGUUAUUGUUAUGGCUUGCCGAGAGUUUGAAAUGGGAAGGAAAAAAUGUGAGCGUUACUGGCCAGUGUCAAAGGACAACAUUUUUGUGUGUGAGCCCUUUACCAUACACUAUGAGUCUGAUGACAAUAAGGAAGAAUAUGUGACAAGGACACUGAAGGUGACAUUUAAAAAAGAGACCCGGACCCUGAAGCAGCUGCACUAUGUGAACUGGCCAGAUCAUGGAGUACCUGACUCCAUUCCUGCAAUCUUGCAGCUGCUGCAGGACAUGCGCAUUUACCAGGAUCAUGAGGACCUUCCUAUUUGCAUUCAUUGCAGUGCAGGCUGUGGAAGAACAGGUGCAUUGUGUGCCAUUGACUAUACCUGGAAUCUACUGAAGAGACAGAUGAUACCAGAGAAUUUCAGCAUCUUUGAUCUGGUAAAGGAAAUGCGUACACAGCGGACCUCUGUGGUUCAGACUAAGGAACAAUAUGAGUUGGUGUACAGGACCGUUAAAUUGCUGUUUGAGAGAUAUUUGGCUGCAAUGGAUGAAUCAAACCAAGAGGUCCCAACUUCCCCCUCCCCUAUGCACACAACCAGUGAGAGUGAGCUCUCAGAUUUCAGUGAACCAGAUUUAGAGACUGGGACAGACUUCCGAGUGUUGCUUCAGACUGAACACAGGAAUUGUGAAAAGAACAUUCCUAUGGAUGACUGCAAUCACAUUACUCAGAAAGUCACUUAUUGGCCACAGACUCAUUUUCCACCACUCAACCCAGUGGGCGUUUCCGUCAAAUAUAUUCCUGCAGACACACUUAAUACAACGAGUGAAUGGGCCCAGAUUAGAGAAGACCAGAAUCCAUUAAUAACACAGGCUUCUCAAACAGACUUCACGAUCUAUGGAACUCAAAGAACUGAGCCAUUCACUAGCCACAAAUCCGAUCCUUCCCAAGCUGCAUGUUCAAAUUAUCCCAUCAGCCUAGUACAAGAGCUGAAGCCAAGUCUGAAGCAUGUGGAGUGGGCAGAGAACCAAGAUCUUAGACUUGUUGCCGAACACUUCAACCCUGUUAUCCCCAGCAGCCUCUGUUUUACUGUGGAAGAUCCAUAUUUUAGUCCUGAGUCUCCAUCAGCUGGUGAAAGUCCCAGUAUUAUAGAAUCUACAGCCCCUGGAACAUGGAUGGAGAGCCCUUGUUUCACAAUACCUAGUUUAGUUCUUAAUAAUCAGGCUUUAGAACUGCCAAAACAUGACUGCAGUGAAAAAGGCAUAAGUAUGCCUUCACCGAAUGAGAACUCUCCUCCUCCUUUGCCCGAGCGAACCCCAGAGUCUUUUAUUCUGGCUGAUGAAAUCAACGAUAUCAGUAAAACCAGUGAGCUGUUGACAUUGGUCAUCCCAACCAGUUCAGACUCUGAAAGUGUCAACAAAGAUAAACCCCCCUCACCUGCACCCCCACUGCCCGAGAGAACUCCAGAGUCUUUCGAAUUGGCUACUGAUGAGGAUCUGGUAAAAAGUGCAACACAGGAAAAUCCACAGGAUGUUGUAAUGAGAGUCGGGAAAUCUUUAGAAUGGUCUGGGAAGACAUUUGAGGCUCAGACAGAUUUGAAACGAUCCUGGUCCAGGAGCAAGAGCUUAAAACUCAGAAUGUCACUUCCUGCCUCAGCAUCUAUUCCAUUAAGCCCUUUUCCAAUCACAAGUCACACCCCUCCUCCCCUACUGCACAAACACCCACAGGUCUAGAUUUUUGGGGAUCAAGUUCCGCUGACUGGUACUAUCAUACAAAUUUGUCCUCACAGAAUUCAUGAUAUAUUCACUCUCUCUUGAAGAUAAAUAUAAUUAUGAGAUAAGUAUAAAUAUAAGUAAUAUUUACAUUUAUAUUUAUACAGUACUUACAGUUGAAGUCAGAAUUUACAUACACCUUAGCCAAAUACAUUUAAACUCAGUUUUUCACAAUUCCUGACAUUUAAUCGUAGAAAACAUUCCCUGUUUUAGGUCAGUUAGGAUCACUACAUUAUUUUAAAAAAUGUGAAAUGUCUGAAUAAUAGUAGAGAGAAUGAUUUAUUUCAGAUUUUAUUUCUUUCAUCAUAUUCCCAGUGGGUCAGAAGUUUAAAUACACUUUGUUAGUAUUUGGUAGCAUUGCCUUUAAAUUGUGUCAAAUGUUUUGGGUAGCCUUCCACAAGCUUCUCACAAUAAGUUGCUGGAAUUUUGGCCCAUUCCUCCAGACAGAACUGGUGUAACUGAGUCAGGUUUGUAGGCCUCCUUUCAAACACACACUUCUGCCUACAAAUUUUCCAUCAGAUUGAGGUGAGGGCUUUGUUUUGGCCACUCCAAUACCUUGACUUUGUUGUCCUUAAGCCAUUUUGCCACAACUUUGGAGGUAUGCUUGGAGUCAUUCUCCAUUUGGAAGACCCAUUUGCGGCCAAGCUUUAACUUCCAGGCUGAUGACUUGAAAAGUUGCUUCAACAUAGCCACAUAAUUUUCCUUCCUCAUGAUGCCAUCUAUUUUGUGAAGUGCACCUGUCCCUCCUGCAGCAAAGCACCCCCACAACAUGAUGCUGCCACCCCCAUGCUUCACGGUUGGGAUGGUGUUCUUCGGCUUGCAAACCUCACCUUUUUUCCUCCAAAUAUAAUGAUGGUCAUUAUGGCCAAACAGUUCAAUUUUUGUUUCAUCAGACCAGAGGACAUUUCUCCAAAAAGUAAGAUCUUUGUCCCCAUGUGCACUUGGAAACUAGUCUGGCUUUUUUAUGGUGGUUUUGCAGCACUGGCUUCUUCCUUGCUGAGCAGCCUUUCAGGUUAUUUCGAUAUAGGACUCGUUUUACUGUGGAUAUAGAUACUUGUCUACCGGUUUCCUCCAGCAUCUUCACAAGGUCCUUUGCUGUUGUUCUGGGAUUGAUUUGCACUUUUCGCACCAAACUACAUUCAUGUCUAGGAGACAGAAUGCGUCUCCUUCCUGAGCGAUAUGAUGGCUGCGUCGUCCCAUGGUGUUUAUACUUGCGUACUAUUGUUUGUACAGAUAAGCGUGGUACCUUCAGGUGUUUGGAAAUUGCUCCCAAGGAUGAACCAGACUUGUGGAGGUCCACAAUUUUUUUCUGAGGUCUUGGAUGAUUUCUUUUGAUUUUCCCAUGAUGUCAAGCAAAGAGGCACUGAGUUUGAAGGUAGGCCUUAAAAUACAUCCACAAGUGCACCUCCAAUUCAGUACACCUCCUAUCAGAAGCCAAUUGGCUAAUUGGCUAAUCAUUUUCUAGAAUUUUCCAAGCUGUAUAAAGGCAAGGUUAACUUAGUGUAUGUAAACAUCUGAACACUGGAAUUGUGAUGUAGUCAAUUAAAAGUGAAACAAUCUGUCUGUAAACAGUUGUUGGAAACAUUACUCAUGUCAUGCGCAAAGUAGAUGUCCUAAACAACUUGCCAAAACUAUAGUUUGCUAGUAUUAAAUCUGUGGAGUGGUUAAAAAAUUAGUUUUAAUGACUUCAACCUAAGUGUAUGUAAACUUCUGACUUCAAUUGUAUAUUUACAUAUUUAUAAUUAUUUACAGAUAUAUAUACUAUAUUUUAUGUAUAUUUAUUUACUUACGUAAGAAAAAUACAUACAUAUAAUCAUAAGAUUCUAUAAAUAUAGUCACACAAGCUCUGUUUUUCCAAGAAGUCAUUUUCAAGGAAUUCCUAACAUCUAAAAGCAAUAUACUGUAAGUAUAAAAGUGUUAUCAAAACACUAGGGAUUCACUGAUACAACAUUUCUGUGCCAAUACCGAUAUCUGAUUAUUUAGAAGAGCAUCUGCCGAUACUGAUAGUUUGGUUAUUGUGCUUUUUUUUAUGUUACCUUGUUUCAAAUCACUGAUAAUUACUUACACAACUUAAAAUAAAUGUCAAAAAUAAUUUAUUCUCUAUGUCUCUAUAUGUCCAUGUUUCAGAGUAACUGGUCUUAGUUAUAAAAAUACACUGAAACAUAAAGCAUAUUUUAACUCGCAUUAACUGAAUUCUAUAACUUCUUGUUAGGCUCACAAUAAAUUGGUAAGGUUUCUUAAUUUUUUUAAUGUUCUUUACUCACAUUAACUGAAUUUGGAGUCCCUUUUCAUAAUCUUUCUUGCUGUGUCGAACUUUAAAGGGAUAGUUCACCCAAAAAUGAAAAUUCUCUCAUCAUUUACUCACCCUCAUGCCAUCCCAGAUGUGUCUGACUUUC